GUAGAUGGGAUGGGGGUAUAAGCUCGAUUCUGACAAGACUGCUGUCCCUCAAUCUGUCCAGACUUCGUCAAGGGGACUAACAGACAAACUGCUCUUCUCUGCUCAUCUGGAGAAGCAUCAGCCUACAUUUCUGCAACACUGGCCACAGAGAUGCAGUGUAACUGUCACGCCUCUAUAGGAUCCCUUCCCUCACCAUAUUGGAGCAGAACAGUGUUAUUCCCUGAUUGGGCAUACAAGCCUGCAUGGUCACCUGGCUCCAGACAGGUGCAGCUGUGGCACUUCCUGUUGGAACUCCUUGGGCGGGGUGAGGGCGGGGCGAUCGGAUGGGGGGGGGAGUGGGGGGAGUUUGUCAUCAGAGACCCUGAGAGGCUGGCGAGGCUGUGGGGAGAAAGGAAAGGCAAACCCCACAUGAACUAUGACAAGCUGAGCAGAGCACUGAGGUACUACUACAAUAAGAGGAUUCUUCAUAAGACCAAAGGGAAGAGAUUCACCUACAAGUUUAACUUCAGUAAACUGAUCCUGGUUAACUACCCAGGGUACCCACCUUGCCACCAGCUGGUACAGAGUGCCCCUCUUCCGUUCCCCCUCCCUGAGGGUGGGGUGACUGGGGCCCCACUGUGUGGAGGAGGGAGAGGGGCCAUGAUGGACAGAGCCCUCCAGUGUGUCACACACCCUCUCCUGCUUCCGUACUGCCUCCAGAAGCCCAUCCCGUUCCCUCAGUCCCACUAUCUUCAGGGACACUUACCUUUCCUCUCUGUGCCCCCUCCUCCUGGGAGCUCUAACCCGAGUGAACUCUCAGCAGUCCUUCCACCUCCCACCUCUGCUGCUUUACACCUCCAGCCCAACGGCUGGCCAACCAAGGUUGGCUCAGAGUGGGGUUUGAACAAUGUGAACAGAACCACCACCCUUCGUGUGGGACUGGGAGCGAAAGAGAGUGGGAUCAAAACAGGAGAGAGAAAUGUGGGAAAUGUUGAUGGAGAGUAGAGUCAGAGGAGGAGAAAUGCAGGAGAGAAUUUCCUCUUUUGACAUUAUAAUAGGUCUUUGUCUGUAGUUUUUUUGCUGAAAAGGCUGUUAUUGAAGUUACAAUUUUAUAAUAGUAUUGUUCCUAUUGAGGUCGUUUUAUAAUAUGUUUGUGUAACAAAGCACUUCAUGUAUAGAGCAGAUAAAUUGCAACUGUAUGAUAUGUAUGAUGAAUUGUAUGAACAGUGAACUUUCUACAAUCUUCAGAGAUGUAGUUUAUGUAUUAUCAAAUAUCUCACUUGUCAAAUUGUUGUCCUGUGCUUUAUGAAUAUAAAAAUAUAAAAAUAUUUGGGCUACCUAAAGACUAAUAAA